CAGUGCCCAGAACAGCUGCCGCCGUGAGCGCCUGGCGCAUCGCCCGGCUCCUUCUCCCGGGGGCUCAGCACAUGCAGGGCACCUGGGACGCUGCACACAGAAUGCAGAACCGAGAAGGAAGACCGGGUGCCAGACGGGGAAGAUCAAAACGCCGCGUUGAAGACUGAGGGAGCCAGACCGAGGAUGCGGCUGAGGUGCCCAGAAAAGCAGCAAAGCCAGGUGAGCAACUCCAGGAUGGAUGGCAAAGAGGAAGGACCCUUACCCUACCACCAGCCGAUCAGCGGGGACCAGGACCUGGCAGGGCAUACCUGGAGCUCCCAUGAGUGUUCCCCUGAAACCCUCCCCUAAGACCUGCCUGCAAGAGACAGAGGACAGCCUCCAGGCAAAGGACCUGCGGCAGCGGGUGCUGUCCUUCGGGAGCAGCCUGAGCCACCCCCCAUGUCCCUUUCCCUUCUUCUCCCCCCACUCCUUUCCUCACAGGCAUGCGUCCCCUCAACUCUAAGGCAGCGGGUGGCGUGACCCAGCCUGACCCCCCUGAACCCCUCUCUUCUCUGACUCUCCUGUCGCUCUUCCUAUGCUCAGCCUUUUCUCGCCCACGCUCCGGAGGCCCAGCCUCUCCCUUGAGGAUGUGCUAAUAAAACCCUUACUCAUCCGCUUCCAGCCCUCCGAUCUGUAAUUCUUGACUGUGUCGGGGGAGAAGAGCCACACUUCCAAUAAGAGACUCAUCCCUGGCAUCAGCUGUCCUGGCCUGCAAGACCGGUCCACUGAGGGAAGUUGCGGUUGAGAAACCGCAUGAAGCAAGGGAGUUUCUUAAAAGGGGAUUUCUCUAUUUCCCCUUCUUUCCUUGUUCCCUAUACUCAGGAAAUCUUGAGAGUUUCCUAAAGGGAAAUGCUGACCAAAUGUGAACUGACAAGUCUUCUAGCAGAAGGGGGAAAAAAACCCAAACCCCAAAGCCGAAUCUCAAUGAACACAGUGUCCAGGGCCCACUUUCCUUCUGGGUAUGUGUAGACACUACUUUGUUUUAGGGUGGGGUUUUGGGGUGCUGUGUGUGCUUUUCAAGACAGCCUCUCCUCAGCGCUCAUGAUGAAGCAAUAAAGAAUCACCGCCAGGGAAGGCAGCGGCAGCAAACAGGAACCGUCCUGGCGAAAGCCCUGGCCCAUCACGCAACCAGCAGCUACUCCCUUUAAGAUAAGGAAUGAAGACGCAGAGAAGUGAACCCCCUGGUCCCCAGCUCUCUAUGGAAUACAUCAAAGGGAUCUGUGAACCCGAGCUGGAGGAGAGGGAGUGCUACCCCAGGGCCAUGCACUGCAUCUUCGUUGGGGCGCAGGGCCUGUUUCUGAAGAGCCUGGUCCAGGACACCUGCGCCGACCUCUGCGUCCUGGACCCCGGUCUCCUCGGCAUCCGAGGGAGCGCGGAGGCCGUGGUCAUGGCCCGGAGCCACGUGCAGCAGUUCGUGAAGCUCUUCGAGAGCAGCGAGAGCCUGCCCAGCAGCCAGAACGAGGCCGAGGUGAAGAGGGAGUUCAGGCAGUUCGUGGAGGCCCACGCGGACAGCUACACGAUGGACCUGCUGCUGCUGCCCCCCGCCCUGAAGAAGGAGCUGCUGGCCCUCACACAUGGCGAGGACGGCCUCUCUGACACAGGAGGUGACACUGGUGCCGGCACAGCCCCGGACUCUGAGCAGGGCGCUGCCCCAGGGCCGCACACCACCCCCGCAAGUGGGACGGCCCUGCAGCAGGAGGCGAGGAAGAAGGCGGGGUCCCCUGUGACCGAGCUUACGAAACAAAUGGACAACGUCUUGUCUGGCGCACGCGAUGCGCUUUUUGUGCCGAUAAAUGGCCUGACCCCCGACGCGGAGGCGCAUUCCAGAGGCCGGGUGUGUCACAAAAGGCGGUCCUCCGACUCCGAAGAAAGGCGCACGAAGAAACAGUUUUCUCUGGAAAGCGCUCAGGAGGUGGAGCUCCUACAGGACGGCAGGGCCUCCGCUGGGAGUGCGGCCGUCGACCUGACCGACUCGCCUGCUGACCCUGACCUUGUCGGGCCAGAUGGGAAGGACACCACUGAGGAGAUGGAGCACAACAUCCUGGUCAACUUUUUCAAGACCAUGGGCUACUCCCAGGAAAUCGUCGAGAAGGUCAUCCGGGAGUAUGGGCCGUCCACCGAGCCGCUGCUGCUCCUGGAGGAAAUUGAAAAAGAAAAUAAAAGGUUCCAAGAAGACAGACAGUCUCCAUCGGGCACAGUGUCUCCAGAGACCAGCAGAGCCAGAGAUAGAGGCUUUGGCAGCAGCACGAACGAGCUCACGACGGAUUCGGCCCCAAAGAAAACACAGGCCCACGCGCAGCAGAGCGCGACGCACAGGGCUCCCCAGUCUCCACUCAGAGUCGAACUGAAACCGGGCACCUCCAACUGCAAAGUGAACGCUUUCAGAACAGCACCCGGGGACCCGAGACAAGACCCCUGGGGCUCGCAUCAGAGCUCCCCGGGGCAUGUGGACCUUGAAACGGAUGGCCCUGCGCCCUCUGUUGCCCCUCUGAGUCCCAAAGAAGUCAGCUUUGUUUCGAGAGGCGUGCCAGGUCACCAGCCCAGAAUUCCCGCUUUUCCUGAAAACGGUCUGCGGCCGCAGGGAGAGCCCUCGCUGCCCAGCCCUCUGAAGUCCACCCCCGAGGGCCGGCCCGGCCGCUGCGGCUCCCCUCAGUCCAAGGCCAGCUGUCAGCCUUUCUCCCCACCACUGCUUCGGCCCCCGCUGUCCCCCUCUGCUGCUGACGCAAGGCUGGCGGGGCCCUCCGAUCACAUUGACUGCUCGGUUACGGGCGUUCAGCGGUUCCGAGAUACCCUGAAGGUGCCCUACAAGCUGGAGUUAAAAAAUGAGCCAGGAAGGACAGAUCUGAAGCACAUCGUUAUAGACGGGAGCAACGUCGCAAUUACCCACGGCCUGAAGAGGUUCUUCUCCUGCCGCGGGAUCGCCAUCGCGGUCGAGUACUUCUGGAAGCUCGGGAACAGGAACAUCACCGUGUUCGUCCCGCAGUGGAGGACGAGGCGCGACCCCAACGUCACAGAACAGCACUUCUUAACCCAGCUCCAGGAGCUUGGAAUAUUGUCUCUGACUCCCGCUCGGAUGGUCUUUGGAGAGAGAAUUGCUUCCCAUGACGACAGGUUUCUGCUGCACUUGGCGGACAAGACCGGUGGUAUCAUUGUAACGAAUGACAACUUCAGAGAGUUCGUGACUGAGUCCAUCUCUUGGAGGGAAAUCAUCACUAGAAGGCUGCUCCAGUACACCUUCGUGGGGGACAUCUUCAUGGUCCCCGACGACCCCCUGGGAAGAAGCGGGCCGCGGCUGGAAGACUUUCUCCGGAAGGAAGUGCCCCUCAGAGACAUGCAGCCCCUGCUCAGCGCCCUGCCGAACGUGGGCAUGUUUGACCCCAGCUUCAGAGGCCCGGGUGCCCCGGCAGCUGGCACCAGCCACCAGCCUCCGGCAAGGGGUCAGGGCGCCCCGCCCAGCCACUGGCUUCCUCAGCAGCCCCGCUUCCCCCUCCUGCCCGGCCUCCCGCAGAGCCUGCCCAUGCCGGCCCAGAGGUCCUCGGCCGAGACCAGCGAGCUGCGCGAGGCCCUGCUCAAGAUCUUCCCGGACUCGGAGCAGCGGCUGAAGAUCGACCAGAUCCUGGUGGCCCACCCGUACAUGAAAGACCUGAACGCGCUCUCGGCCAUGGUGCUGGACUGAGGGCCGGCGCGGGGCCGGGCCGCGUCUGGGGGCGGCAGGGCUAGCAAUGUGAAGAACCAGCUCCCGGUGGGGUUGCUGUCGUCGUGUACAGGAGAAAACAGGUGUUCCGUGCAAAACCCUGGGUUUUCAAAGCCAGCUUUUUUCUAUAUAUAAAUUAUGCUGCUAUUACAGAUUUAA